AUGUAUCCACUGAAUCUUGAGCUCACAAAAUGUACUCCAGUUCACUGUGCAUUUCUCAAUAAAAUCCUUGCAGAUCAUGAACCAAGGAAUUUCUCUGUUGCAAUUCAAAUGCCACAGUGGCAGAAAGCUAUGAAUGAAGAAUUACAAGCUCUUGAUGAUAAUCAGACAUGGAGCAUUGUACCUCUCCCUCGUGGUCAUAAACUUUUACGAGCAAGAUGGAUUUAUAAGCUCAAAUAUAACUCUGAUGGAUCUCUUGAGAGACAUAAAGCUCGACUGAUUGCUAGAGAGUUUACUCAAACAUUUGGCGUUGACUACAAGGAGACUUUUGCUUUAGUUGCCAAAAUGAACAUUGUUUGUGUUCUUUUGUCUAUUGCUGAGAAUUGUGGUGGUCCUUGUCACAGAUGGAUGUCUAGAAUGCUUUUUUGCAAGGUGAGGUAG